CAACACUGUGAUUUGCAUAAAAAUCCUCUCCCUGAUUCAACGGCAACAAACGGUACCGGAGGUUUCCUGACAACAACAACAACUAAUAACUAACAAAACAAAAACAAAAACAAAAAAGGUAAAGGUAAAGGACAAGAGGAUCAUGUUGACAUCGACCCUAGCCCUUCUGGGCCUCAGUCUGGGACUUGUGGCGAAUGCUUUCCCCACACAACAGUCUGAAACCGGGAAGAACUGGGUGGUGAUUGUCGCUGGCUCCAAUGGCUGGUACAACUACCGACACCAGGCCGACGCCUGCCAUGCGUACCAGAUCGUCCACAAGAAUGGCAUUCCUGACGAGCAAAUUGUCGUGAUGAUGUAUGAUGAUCUGGCGACCAAUGAGCAAAACCCCACCCCAGGGGUGGUGAUCAACCGACCCAAUGGGACAGACGUCUACAAGGGAGUCCCCAAAGACUACACUGGAGACGCUGUUACCGCUGACAACUUCGUGGCUGUGCUGAAGGGUGACUCAGCCAAUGCUAAGGGGGGUUCUGGGAAAGUGCUGAAGAGCGGUCCCAACGAUCAUGUGUUUGUGUACUUCACUGAUCAUGGAGCUCCUGGGCUGCUGGCCUUCCCCAAUGACGACCUUCAUGUUGCCGACCUCAUGGAUGCCAUCAACAACAUGCAUGAGAACAAGAAAUACGGGAAGUUAGUGUUCUAUAUCGAGGCCUGUGAGUCGGGAUCAAUGAUGACCAAGCUGCCUGCUGACAUCGAUGUGUAUGCCACCACAGCAGCCAACUCUCAUGAGUCGUCCUAUGCCUGUUACUAUGACGAUAAGAGGGAGACUUACCUGGGGGACUGGUACAGCGUCAACUGGCUGGAGGACUCUGAUGUGGAGGACCUGAGCAAAGAGACCCUGAUUAAACAGUUCAAGAUCGUCAGGAGCCACACCAACACCAGCCACGUGAUGCAGUUUGGAAACAAGACUCUGGCCCAUAUGAAGGUGGUAGCCUUCCAAGGUAAUGUCAAUGCCAAGCCUGCCGCCCCCAUGACCCUGCAACCCGUAGAGGACCCAGACCUAACCCCCAGCCCUGAUGUACCCCUGGCCAUCCUAAAGAGGAAACUGAUGAGGACCAAUGACCACUCUGCAACCAAGAAAUACUUCAGCCAGAUUACGUCACACCUCAAGGUGCGUGAGCUGCUGGCAGAGACAAUGCGCAGGGUGGUAGAGACGGUGACAGGAGAGGAGAUCACGACCCAGAGGGUUCUGAGUACCAAGCUGGAUCUGACCCAGCAUCAAUGCUACCAGGCUGCUGUUAACCACUACAAGAUACGAUGCUUCAACUGGCAUAUCACUGAGUAUGAAUAUGCUCUGCGACACCUGUAUGCCCUGGUCAACCUGUGUGAGGGAGGAUACCCAACAGACAGUAUCCUGAUGGCAAUGGAGAGCGUGUGUCACUUCAACUAGCCGGAUCUUUCUGAACACCUCUUUCGGAUCAGGUUGCUGUCCCUCCACACAGGAGGGUCUGAGACGACGAGUCUUCUCUUUGCACUGACAAGGAAUCAAGUUUGACAAAAUAUAUUUUUUUCACACUGCUAUACCACUUUUUCAAAUGUUUGAUUUUUAAACUUUUAUUCCCUGGAUUUAUUGAGACAUUUUAAACAUGUGUUUUUUUUUUAAAUGAUGAAUUGUAUGAUCACUGAGCAUUUUGUUUUUACUACUCUUUUUUUAAAUGUAUUUUUAAUUAAGAUUUUGAUUUUUGGAUUCAGUUUGGAUUCUUUUCUCCCUCUGGUGCAGUGGUGUCUGAAUUUAGUGGGUAUACUGUAAUUUUGCAAAACUGCCCUCCUAGUGAAGGAAAGGCACCCUGUGUAAUUCUAUGAGAAACGAUGACCUACACUCUGAAUGACCUAAAUUGAAACCCAUAUUGGUCUUUCAGUCAGGCUUUACUGUGGAAGUAAGCUAAUAGUAGACCCACUAUUUCAUAUACCCCCCUCCCUUCCUGCACCUUUUUUAAUAUAACAAUUUCUUUAGUUUUUCCAAGUCCAUAACAAUGCUUAAACCACAUGACUACUUUUGGGGUCUGGGGGAUCUAAGAAAUGUAGAUUUUGAGUAGCUAACCUCUUAAUGAAAGUGCUUAGGCACCUAGCACUGUUUGGUUAGUGAUGUUUCUGUAGCCACUGGCUUGAUCUCCGUCUGCCAGGGAGGCAUAGCUAGCUUAACGUUUUUAAAUUGAGACGUUUUUUUGUGAACCAUGUCUUUCCAUCUACCAGGAGACUGUUGGGGGGGGGGGUGUUGUCAUCAGCAUCGAUAUUUUCCCCUCUUCAUUAAUUGUUUGAUACCUGGACAUUUUACUUCAUAUUAUGAGGCGUGUCUUACCUUGACUCAAACUAGCCACAAUCCCAUAGAAACAUGGAAAUAAUUGUGUUUUAUUGGUUUUGUUUGUCCAGUAGACAAGUUUAUAUUAGCAACCAUGAUACAUUUCAUAAUAAUUUGAACGGAUAUUUCUGUCCCUGAGAACGUGUGCAAUCAGCAUUUUUAGAUUGGUGAUUUUCCGCAAAUUGUUUUUUUUAUUUUUAACCUUCGCAUGUCGCCGUUGUUUAUGUUGACGCACCGACAAUGUGACGAAAUAAUAAAAUGAAGCGAAACAUUCAAUCAGCCUUAUUAAUUGAUACGGCGCAUACCUACAAUACUUUGAUAAGCAUCGUGGCGAUUUAAGAAGUGAGUAACGCCAGGGUAGGGUUCGAUCCCCGGGACCACCCAUACGUAGAAUGUAUGCACACAUGACUGUAAGUCGCUUUGGAUAAAAGCGUCUGCUAAAUGGCAUAUCUAGUAUAGGCAAUGCCCAUAAAAAUGGGUUUAUGGUUUGGACCUGCGUGUACCCUCCACUACUGCUUGGGUGCUGGCUCUGCUAUACGCCAACAUGAGCCCGUUGUCAGGACUGUGAAUGACGGAGUAUUGUGAUGUUGCCCCUAGAUGCUCAUCAUGGGUCAGUUUUGCACCCCCCCCCACACACUAAUGUUUAGGAUUGGGAAAAGGGGAGCUGAUCCUAGGGGAAGAGUUCACCCCACUGGCCUGUAACAGGGUUGGUGCUUGGAGGUUGAAUCCUACAGCAUCAUAAUACUCUCACGUUAACCUCCAAGCAGACUCCUGUAAAGGCUCAGGAUACAGUGUUGUCACAGGGAUGUUAAACUAAAACCUUGAUAGUCAGAACAAAUUAUGAAGGAAUUGUGUUCACUAAAAUGAGCCACAAGGUGAAGCUGAGGGGUGUAGCCCACCACAGCCAUGAUUUAAAAAAUAUAUAUAAUGCAUGGACUCCAGAUUUAUUGCUUUUAUACAACUGAUUACCAGCCUUAAAGCAAGAUUCUUUCCCAAACCAUUUUAAUUUAACAACCCGUGAUGCUAGAUUCACUAACACUCGUUGUCAAGUGCAAUUUUUAGGUGUUUGGUUGUUAGUUCUAUUCUCAUUGACUGGAAUUUUAAGCAACCUGCAAAGUUCUAGAACUAUGGCAAACAAUGGUUGCUAUGGAUGCUCAAUCACUACAGACUGAAAGCUGAAAAUACUUCAAACUAACUGCAUGUGUAUGUUGUCUAUCAUGGGCAGGCUAGACUCUCUUCACAAUAGGGAUUUCUAAACCAACGGUUGUAUAAUAUGAAUUACCAUAGUGGCUCUUUCCAUCUAGUCUACACCUCCUGUGUCAUAACUUCAGAUUUAAUCAAGAUAUUGACCGAAUCAAAUAAUGGUUCCUCUUCUGUUGGGAGUAAUUUGUCAUAUUAGGAUUAUAUAUAUUUUUUAAAGAGUUAAAUGGUGUACCUGGUUUUGCUGAGGAAAGGUAGAGGCCAUAGACUGGAUUCUAUUUACGUUUUCUAGCCACAGUCUAUUCUCAAAAGCAAUGGUGAUUCUUUCAUUUUUAAUUUGCUGAAGUUUCUGCAUGACUGUCUGUAAUAAGAUGCCAAAUGGGGCAGAACACAGUUUUUAGGAGUGUAGAAGGGCGAGAUGGCCAUGCAGUGGAGGACUAAGGGUUUGACGAGUGGACUGCAGGAGUAACAGCAAACUAGAAUGUAUGUAUGAAAUGUUCACUCUUUGGAAAUUGAAAAAUAAAACUGACAGUGUUCAUGUCUUUAUGUCUGA